AUGAGCAAGGUGCACAUCUCCAUUUUGCUCCCUGCAAAUAUGGACGGCUCGUGCAAACUUCAGCCAUUCGUUAUCGGCAAGAGCAGAUCGCCACGCUGCUUCAAGAACGCAAGAGGUCUCUCGAUGCGCUACGCAUCCAACAAAAAAACGUGGAUGACACGCGAUCUGUUCACGGUGUGGCUCCGGGCAUGGGAUACCGAGCUGGAGAAGUCCGGCCGCCAAGUCUGUCUCCUUCUCGACAAUUGUUCGGCCUACCACGCUACCAUCCCACUGAAAAACAUCACCGUGAAAUUUUUGCCGGCCUACACUACGGCGAAGCUGCAGCCUCUCGACCAAAGCAUUAUCAAAGCCUUCAAGGUUGGGUACAGGCGACGACUGGUGCAGAGGCUCCUGAUGAACCUUCGUUUGGGAAUCGAACUCAAAGUUGACCUUCUUGGAGCUACACAGAUGCUGACAGGCGCUUGGAACGACGUGAAACAAACCACAGUCGUAAACUGCUUCCGCAAAGCGGGCUGUGUGGUGACUCCUGACGAGACGUGUUCGGACAUCGAAGACGACGGCGUUGAGUGUUUCGACGGUGAAUUUCAGGCGCUGGCGGCAUUUCCAGGUGCCAUCCAAGAUGGCGCAACAGCGCGCGAUUUUUUAAGUGCUGACGAUGACGCGCAGGCUGUGGUGGAUCUCAACGGUGCGGAGAUCGUGGCGGACAUAGCAAUUGCCGCUGCCGAAGAAGCGGCAACAAGCGACUCCGAUGAAGAUAUCCACCCGCCUACUGCAGCUGAGCUUGCGUCGGCGUUCAGCAUGAUUCGCCACUGUUGCCGCGCAAUGGAAGGCGCCGGACUUUCGCAUUUGGACAGCGUCAGCAAACUUGAAGACAGUUUAAUGAACUUCAUGGCGCAAAAGAAGAAGCAGUCCAAGCUCACGGACUUUUUUCAUGCCGAAUAA